CCAUUUCGGGACGAACUUUUCAACUUCCAUCGUCGAUCUGACGCUGGUAGCGGAAAUGCAAAGAGUAGAGCCAUUUCCAGACUACAGACUAUGUGCGACGUCUUUUAGAACGUGAACGGCAACGAUGUGAUGUGUUCGUGUUGCCUUUAUCACGCGGCACCGUAUCUGUUCGGGCGCGUACUGCCUGGCACUGCCGCGUACCAGAUUGGGGCAAUGUUCUUGGGUGGAUCGGGUAAAUUAUCACCUAGAAUGCGUCCGAUAAGCGGCGAAAAUCUGCGCCAUAGAACCGUCUCACUGUCUCCGGUGUGACGCUCGGCGGAUGUGUGUAUUUGUACAGUUCGGAAAGCGUUCCGUUGAAGUACCCUGGGGAGAAGCUUAUCUUGUUCAACUGUUGUUCGGCUUUAAACAGGGUCGUUAUCCGAUGCGGGAUGCCCUUAAAUUGGAGGCAGACCCGCACGGUUGGCGGUUGUGUUGGGAGCCGCUCCCCGUGUCAGUGUAAACAAUUUCGCUACGGGUUCUGAACUCAAUCCGUCAUUAAACCCUUACGGUGCAGUUCGGCGAAAUGUUUAACCAUUCCGUACUCAAAUCUGUUGGUUCUUGAUUCUUGAACCGUACGCUUGAUUCGGAUCAGUAAACAGAGAUUAAUUUCCAAUAAGCUGUUUUCCCAUUAAUGUUCUUGGAAUGUGAUUGUACGAAUUCGCGUUACUCACAGCGCUUCUUCCUUCCGCUCGAAGGGUCAGUUGACGUUGUCGCCACCGAUUAAUCCAUCUUGACGUCGUCGAGAGUAGCAUCAUCUGCUGAUAAGGUUUCCCACACAGUAGUCCAACACUAUCCGAUAUGGGCUGCAUUCCAGCGCUAUUCCCGUCAGUCUCGCUGUGCAUUUCUUCGAGAUCGGUUCGUGUCUCCGUAACGUGCUGUCCCGUUCGUGAUGGUUCUUCGAAUUUCGCUGCUGCUGCAGGCAAUCGUACUGCUGGCACUUUCCGGUUGUAUUUGCCGCGCACAGUCCAAAAACUACAAGUGCUCCAUUAUAAAUGAGGCCGGAUUUUGCUUCAUAGAGAACGUCUAUCUCGAUGUGUCUACCAACGGCAUUGGUGGAGACUCGAGUGCAGAUAUGAGGGUGCAAUUUCCACGCCACCCAACGCUGCUCAUCAAAUCCGGUGCGAUACCAUACUUCGGGAAGGACAUUUUUGCCCUGUUGGGCAGUACCCGGCAGCUGCAUGUGUACAACAGUACCAGCAUCAAGCACCUGUUCAUACCGGUAACGAACCUGACGGAGAUCAACGUCCAACGAAACGGACUCACGGAGUUUGAUGUGGAGCCGGUAGAAAAUCGCGAACUUAAGGUGCUCUCAAUCGUGCACAAUGGGUUGAUCAAUGUACCGCGCAACAUUCGCUUCCUGGUGGGAUUGGAGAAACUUUACCUCUACAACAACUCGCUCGAAUACUUUGACAUGGAGAUGUUGGGAAACGCAACGGCUUCGCUUAAAAUUCUUUCAAUCUAUGACAAUCACAUUAAAACGCUCGAUUCCCGGUCCGCUUUACUCUUCCCGAAGUUGCAAACACUAUCCCUCAGCAAGAACAAGCUUUCGUACGUACCGUACUUUGAGGAAUCGUUCCCUGCCGUUACGGUGGUGUCAUUGCGCAAAAAUCCUUGGAACUGUGGCUGGCUGCAUACGAUCAUGCAGUACAUCGAGAUGCGCAAAAUUCAGGUCGUCCGUAAGGAUGCUACCUGCCGCGAUCGGUGGAUCAGUGAGAUCUGCUGCACGUACACGGUGCUAGACUUCAUGUUUGAUCGUCAAGCCGCACAAAUGCACCAGCAGCAGCAGUUGCUGCGGAAUGUUUCGCACGAAAACCAACGGUUAGUCGAUACGGUGCAUCAACUUGCGGAUGACUUGCAUCGGUUGCAGUUGCAACUUGAACAACAACAACAGCCACAACACUCCACCGGCAAGAGUACUUCCGAUGCGAGGAUUAGUGAUGAUGUGUAGCUGUGCAGGUGUCAAGUGUAUUACGAAAGCAAUAAAGUGGCAUUACUUCAAACACACA